CGCCAUUGUGCAUAUUUUCGCGCCACCAUUUAUCCUAAUUUCUCACAAUUGAAAGGACUAGCGCCUGAGCUAGGGUUCCGCCGUAGCAUCGUCCAUCAAUUCGAGCAGCAUGGAGUUGACUUCGCAAGUAGCCCAGCUUUUCAACAACACCCUCAGCCCCGACGGUGAAGUUCGCCGUUCUGCAUCUGAUGCUCUCGACCGCCUCUCUCCGAACCCCGAUUUCUCCUUUGCUCUGAUCUCCAUCGCCGUCGGUGGAGGUGAGAAUCAAGGUCAAAGCAUUGCUGCUGCAACAUAUCUGAAGAACUUCACAAGGCGUAAUACGAUUCAAGGUGAAACAGCUUCAAGAGUCAACAAGGAGUUUAGAGACAGGCUUGUUCUUGCUUUGCUUCAAGCAGAACCUGCAAUCUUGAAAGUGUUGAUUGAAGCAUUUCGUCCCAUUGUUGAUGCUGAAUUUGUGAAGCAAAAUUUAUGGGAUGAACUUGUACCUCAACUGAGAUCAGUAAUUCAAGAUAGUGACCUGGUUAAUAGAAGUGGGAAUUCUAGAUGGAAGACCAUCAAUAGCCUUACAGUUCUCCAGUCAGUUAUCAGACCAUUUCAGUACUUUUUGAAUCCAAAAAUAGCAAAGGAGGCAGUUCCACCACAGCUAGAGAUAAUCGCACAAGAAAUUCUCAUACAUUUGAUUUCUUUAUUUCAUCUAUACGUGGAAGAUCUGUGUGUUCAAAAUAAAGUUAAUAUGGAUGCUGAGAAGAGCCUUCUUAUAAUGAGCAAGUGCAUCUAUUAUGCUGUGAGAUCGCAUAUGCCAUCUGCUUUGGUUCCUCUGCUUCCUUCUCUUUGCCAUGACUUAAUUCGUAUCCUCCACUCUUUAAAAUUUGAAGAUUGUGAUUCUUCUGAGGAUGGAUAUAUGCUGAGGUUGAAGACUGGAAAGAGGAGUUUGCUUAUUUUCUGUGCCCUUAUAACCCGACAUAGAAAGUUCUCUGAUAAACUGAUGCCAGACAUCAUAAAUUCAGCUGUGAAACUAGUGAAGUUUAAAACAGACUUCAGUAAGCUGGAUAAUCUGGGAGAGAGGGUUAUGUCUUUAGCUUUUGAUGUUAUAUCUCGACUUCUAGAAACAGGCCCAGGAUGGAGACUUGUUUCACCACACUUUUCAUCUUUACUGGAGUCUGCAAUUUUUCCAGCAAUAGUAAUGAAUGAAAAGGAUAUUACGGAGUGGGAGGAAGAUUCAGAUGAGUACAUAAGAAAGAAUCUCCCUUCUGAACUGGAGGAAAUUUCAGGAUUGAGGGAGGACUUAUUCACUCCAAGAAAAAGUGCAUUGAACUUACUUGGUGUUAUUUCAAUAUCAAAAGGCCCACCUGUUGCAGCUUCACUUACAUCUAAACGUAAAAAAGGUGAAAAAAACAAACAAAAAGGUCGCAGUUCUAUGGGGGAGUUAUUGGUGCUUCCUUUUCUCUCCAAAUUCCCUAUUCCAUCUCACACAAAUACACCAGUAAGGAAGACCACAAAUGACUAUUAUGGCGUUUUGAUGGCAUAUGGCAACCUUGUAGAUUUUCUGAAGGAGCAGAAACCUGCAUAUACAACUACACUAAUCCGCUCAAGAGUGCUACCAUUAUACAAUGCAUCUUCCUGUGAUCCUUAUUUGGUUGCUUCUGCUAACUGGAUUCUUGGAGAGCUUGUUUCCUGUAUUCCUGAAGAGAUGAGCUCUGAUGUGUAUACCUCAUUGUUAAAAGCCCUGACAAUGGAAGACACAGAGGAUAUUUCAUGCUACCCUGUACGUGUAUCUGCUGCUGGUGCAAUUGCUCAACUUGUCGAGAACGAAUUCCUUCCACCCGAGUGGUUGCCAAUUCUUCAAGUUGUAGUUGGUAGAAUCAGAGAGAGUAAUGAUGAAGAGACUGAGAGUGCCAUUAUGUUUGAAGUUCUUAAAACUUUAGUGGAAGCUGGAGGUGAUGCUGUUGUACCUCAUAUCCCACAUAUUAUUUCACUACUUGCUCAACAUAUUCUAAACCAUAUUCCUCUUAGUCCUGAGCCUUGGCCUCAAGUGGUUGCACGAGGUUUUGCAGCACUAUCAGUAAUGGGUCAGUGUUGGGAGGAAUCUUUUCCUGGGGGAGUGGCGGAUGAUGCACAAAGUGAUGUUGUGGUUUCUGGUAGAGCCACCAUUGACAAAGCUUUUACAGAUCUUCUACAACAAGCUUGGCUGAGACCUAUGGAAGAUGAAAUUACAGAAUCGCCCUCGCCAUCGUCAUGCUGCAUGGACGAUUCAUCGACACUACUCGUAUUCAUCAUGUCCAAUCUCAACGAAUGCGAUGAAAUCCAGAAUGAAAAAGUUACAAACCUCUUGCAUGCAUGGGCCCACCAAAUUUCAAACUGGAGUUCUUGGGAAGAAGAAGAAGAUUUAUCAAUCUUUAAAUGCAUCAAAGAAGCUGCUCAUCUCCACAGAGGUAUUACUGUAGCAAACUUCAUUCGCAGGUCAACCGGUGGUCAACCUUCCAUUAUUGAAAACAUUGCAUUUGAUUGUUUUAGAGAACAACAAUCAAAACCUUCUCCUCUUUGGAAGCCAUUGUUGCUUGCUAUAUGUACCUGUUAUUCAUGUUAUCCUGAUGUUGUUGAGAAUACAUUGGAGAAGGAUCAAGAUGAAGGGUUUAAAAUGUGGGCCCGGGCUCUUUGCUCCAUCUCCUCCACCGAGUUUGAACAUGGAUUAACAACAGAGAAUGAAAUCAAGUUAACUGUAUUAACCUUGGCAAAAAUGAUUACCCGAAUGAUUACUGGGGGGAAUGACGGUGGCGGGUUGUUGUCGGAGUGCUUGGCGGCAAUGAUGGAAGCAUGUGUGCGGUUGAAAGAAGCUCAAGAGGAGGAUGAAGAUAAUGAUGAAAAUGAAGAUGAGAACAACACUGAUGAUGACACUGAGGAUGAUGAAGAUGAUGAUGAUGAUGAGGAUUCGGAAGAUGAUGCUGUACAUGAAGAAACCGAAGAACAAUUUUUGGAGAGGUGUGCCCAAGCAGCCAUUGAGAUGGAAAACGGGACUAAUCUGGAAGAAAUAGAGGAGGAAGAUGAAGAGCAAGAAAUAGAAAUGGGAGAGUUGGAUGAGGUUGAUGCGCUAAGCAUUGUGAAAUCAUUGAUUGAAAGUAAUCGUGAAAUAGUUUUGCAAAGAACGGAUUUGCCACAACAAGUUGUUUCAAGCUUUGUUGAUGCCUUCCCUGGUUUGCUUUUUAGCAAAUAG